AUGGGGCUCACCGGUUUCUUCUUCACAACCUCUUUGGUUCUCUUCUCAUUGCUGAUUCUUGCCUCUGCAAGUGAUUAUGGCUAUGGCGGAAACACUGAGGGUGACAAGCCAAAGUCUCAGAAAUAUAACUAUGAACCCAAAUCUGAAGACAAAUUCACGAUGGGUUAUAGUUAUACUUCUAAAUCAUUCGAUAAUGAGAAGUCUAAGUUGGAGGAUCAUAAGUAUACUUCCGAUCUAGACGUUGAAAAAUCAGACAAGGUGGAUCAGUACUCGAAGUCUGUAAUUCAUGAUCACACAGAAAAAGGUUAUGACUACAAAUCAUACAUCGAUAAGUCAAAAUCUGUGGUUAAUGAAUACGUUCCUAAGCCAGAAGUUUACAAGUCACAGCAAAAAGAUAACCAUUACGCUCCCAAGUCAGAAGAUUACAAGCCUCAACCCAAACAUAAUGGAUACGCUCCUACACCAGAAGCUUACAAGCCAGAACCCAAAGAAAAGGCAUACGCUCCCAAGCCAGAAGCGUACAAGCCACAACCCAAAGACAACGGACGCGCUCCCAAGCCAGAAGUUUACAAGCCACAACCCAAAGACAACGGAUACGCUCCCAAGCAAGAAGAUUACAAGCCACAACCCAAAGACAAUGUAUAUGGUCCCAAGCCUGAAGCGUACAAGCCACAACCCAAAGAUAGCAGAUAUGCUCCCAUGCCAGAAUCUUACAAGCCACAACCCAAAGACAACGCAUACGCUCCCAAGCCAGAAGCUUAUAAGCCACAACCCAAAGAUUAUAGCUAUGCUUCCAAGCUAGAAGAUGACAAGUCACAACCAAAGGAUAAUAGCUAUGCAACGAAGCCCGAAGCUUAUAAGCAGCCACCCAAAGAUAACGGCUAUUAUCCCAAGCCAGAAGGUAUUGUCUACAACCGUAAGUUAGAUGUUUUUAAAUCAAAAUCAGUAGAAAAUCACGGUUAUAACUCAAAAUCAGACUGUGAUAAAUCAAAGCCACAGGAGAAAGAAAAGUCAAAUGGUUACUAA